CACGUGACGCGCUCAUAAGUUUCACUUUGUCUGAAGCAUCUGUUUCGUUUAAGGUGAAUGUGACUCUGAAGAAGAGGAGCAGCGCGGAGCAGCAACAUGUCGUUUACAUUUGGUGCAGGAAGUUCCAAUUGUGUUUCGAUCCCCUCCACCACCUCCUCCACCUCCUCCACCUCCACCACCUCCACGAGCCUGUUCAACCUGGGCAUGUCCGACAGCUCAACAGAGAAAGAAACCAAAGAAACCAAGAAGACGCAGGAAUUCAAACACAGAGCUGAGAGGAGACAGGUGCACGGCAUUCUGGAGAACAGUUUUUUAUCAAAGCUUCAGACUCCCUGGAGACGAGUGGAGUGGACGGAGGAAGAGAGGAGCGCCCUGGUGCAAAGGCUGUCCUCUUACGCCCCCUGCUGUCCGGACGUGGGACGGGCGCGUGUCCUCCUUCUGGGACCAGUGGGCUCGGGCAAGUCCAGCUUCAUCAGCUCAGUGGACUCUGUGUUUGAGGGAAGAGUCACCAACAGAGCCAUGGUGGGACAGGGCCAGAGCAGCUUUACACAGAAGUUGCAGUCCUUCCCUCUCUGUCCCUCUAAAAGGACCUGUGCUCUGGAGCUGUGGGACUCCAUGGGCUUUGGAGACUGCAGUGGACCCAAUCUGCAGCAGCUGCUCAGUGUGGUCAAAGGACACGCCCCCGAAGGAUACGAGUUCCGGGCGGAGCAGGCGCUGAGCUCAGACACAGAGGGCUACAUAAAGCGUCCGGGCCUGAGGGAGCAGAUGCACUGUGUGGCUUUUGUCCUGGACGCCUCCAAAGUCCUCACCAGCUCCUACUCCAAAGGCACCGGCGUCUUCCUCCGGCAGCUGCGGCGCCACGUCUCCGACCUGGGAAUACAUCAAGUCGUCCUCCUGACUCAUAUCGACAAAAUCUUCAAGGAAACUCAGAAUGACACGUCGGAGGUUUACAAGAGCGUCGCCGUUCGAGAAACGAUGUACAAGGCGGCAGAGCUGGUGGGCAUGUCCCCGUCCUCCGUGGUGCCAGUGAGGAACUACUGGUGUGAGCUAGAGCUGGACCUGAGCUCAGACAUACUGCUGCUGCGAGCACUGGAGCUACUGCUGCAGUACACAGACCUGUACUACAGGGAGCAGCAGAGAGCCACCUCCAAACACGACCUCUGAGCUGCAGUACACAGACCUGUACUACAGGGAGCAGCAGAGAGCCACCUCCAAACACGACCUCUGAGCUGCAGUACACAGACCUGUACUACAGGGAGCAGCAGAGAGCCAAAUCAAAGCAAAAUGACAUGACGAAAGUACGUCUAUGAUCACUUCCUGUUUGGAAGGCGUCGGUUAGCAGGUUAGCUAUGUUCAUUUAUAUAAACAGUCUGUGGUUGAACCUCAUCUGAUCUGUUUGAAUGUUUCCUCCUCAAAAACAGACCUGGAGUUGUGUUUUGUUUCAUUCACACGUCUUAAACACACAAACCUGCACAUUUAGGCUGAAUUCUUCUUUCAUACAGAAAACACUCUGUUCCACCUUGUGAUGUCAUCAUGUGGUGAAACAGGAAGUACUCCACUGUGUUUUUAAACUCCACACACCUUCAUUUCUAGAAUCAUUUGGAUCAUUUCAGUCUCUGAAUUGACACUUAUCUCGACUGAACUAAAGCUGAAAGGAGCUGUGAACUUAAACUACCGCUUCAUGACAUCACAAGGUGGAACAGAGCGUUUUGAGCUUUGGAGAUGUUACAGACUGAUAAUAAAGUGUGACUCAAAUAUGUGUGAAUGAAAAACACAAAUCUUGGUAAGUUUUUGAGGAGGCAACAAUAUUCAGACAUGGCUUAAAUCUUAAAUGUCAUGAAUCCGUUAAUACAAAGUCGUCUUCUCUGAGCCUCAGUCAUGCUCCAUUUACAUUUUUCACGUUUAGUUGCGUCACAGGUAAAACUCCAGACUUCCCCUGUACAGUUUUUAAGCCCAUAAACCAUCACUGGACUCAUUUACUUUUUAUGUACCUUUCUAGCAGCAUAAUUUUACUCCUACUUGAGUAAUCUACUGUACAGUGUAACUGUACUCUCACUCGACUGUAACUGUACUCUUACUCCAGUGUAACUGUACUCUUACUCCAGUGUAACUGUACUCUUACUCCAGUGUAACUGUAGUCUUACUCCAGUGUAACUGUAGUCUUACUCCAAUGUAACUGUACUCUCACUCGACUGUAACUGUACUCUUACUCCAGUGUAACUGUACUCUUACUCCAGUGUAACUGUACUCUUACUCCAAUGUAACUGUACUCUCACUCGACUGUAACUGUACUCUUACUCCAGUGUAACUGUACUCUUACUCCAGUGUAACUGUACUCUUACUCCAGUGUAACUGUACUCUUACUCCAGUGUAACUGUAGUCUUACUCCAGUGUAACUGUAGUCUUAAAGUUUUACAAACAUUAAACAAAGAGUCUGUUACUGAAGCUGUAAGGAAGACAAUUUAUAAGGUGCUGAAAACAUCUGUAUCUAUUUUCUAUUAGCAUUUAGCAUCUGUAUGUUAGCAUGAUGCUGCUUCUUAACUUUUAGUUUUAAAUUCAUAAUAUUUUAAUUGAAAAAAUGGGGGGAAAAAAUCGGAAUUGGAAUUUAAUGUUUCGUAUAAUUCAGUUUUGUAACAUUUUUAAUAAAGAGUUUGAAGUUUUUUCACUUUUCAAUAACAGACGAUUAUAUUGGCUCUUUGUUGUAAUCCAGUAAACUCGUUCCUCAUUAAACUUGUGUUUUUGUAGACUUUCUGAACAGUGGGCUAUAGUUUGAGAAAGUGAAACAGGCUGUGAUGAAAGUUUGUAGUGAACUGUUCAUCAGCACAGCCCCGUGGAAAAGAGCGACUGACCGAAUUAGAGACGGACGGAUUCACGGAAGGAUACUUUAUUCAUCUGGAGAGUAAAUUGAGUUUAGUCGCAGCAACGCGGACACAAAGGCGACUGAAGCGCAGAGUCAAAGGUCGCUGCAGUUUAACAGGAGGAGGUCGGCAGAUCCUGUGUCAGAGGAACAACACUAAGGACAAAAGUGUUCCUCCUGUGUCCUGCAGCGUCACAGCAGACGUCAUACGUUUACUCCUACUUAAAGUUUACUAAUAUACCGUAGAUUUUGGACUACAAGC